CAGAAACAUCAUCAUUUCUAACACGGCGCUUGAGGUUAAUAUCAGCAAACCGUUUUUCCUUUUGGCUUUUAACUCUCACUGAGGGAAACAUGGCAGCGUGGGAAAAUGACACGGAUAUCAUUUGUCUGUCUGAGACUCGAAAGGAAAACGUCUGCUUUCGUCGGGGGGAAAAGCUUUUCUUGCUGGAUUAACAAAGUGAAGGACAAUUGUAUGAAUUAAUACAUAUUUUCAUAUAAUUGUUCAUGGAUUUUUUUAUUUUUUUUGCCGUGAUUUAGCACAGAAAACAGAAAAAGCUGCAGAUUCGGUAUUGUCUAUAAAUACUAGUCUAUUUAAAUUGGUCAAAUGUUCCAUCAACGGCACGUGGCAUUGAAUGAACUCUUUUUAAAAGAAAAGAAAAAGCUUUUUAUGUGUUUUAUUGCUUGUUUGUUUGUUUGUUCGUUUUCGUUUUGUUUUUUAAUUCUGAAGCCAUUUGGAAAAUUUCUGAUUUAAGUGGAAAGUUGUGGUAGAAACUGAAGAAAAUAUUCACAAUUAUGUGCAACGGAUCUCCAAAAGGGUCAUACAUUUCGGAAAUCUAGCUACCAGAUUAGACAGAGUGGACAAGUUAAUCUCUACUAAUGACAGACAAGCUGCAUCACAUCACAUCACAUCAACAUUAACAUUAACAUCACUGACUAUAACUAGCGGCACUAUGGUGAACUGAUCUGUUAUCACAUCAUCAACGCAUUUAGACGUGACAUUUGUGUAUGUUUGAGUUUUGCAUUCCGAGAGAUGCUGCUGUGUGACCGAGGAGUACAGAUGCUCAUCACUACAGUGGGCGCGUUUGCUGCCUUCAGCCUCAUGACCAUCGCAGUGGGCACAGACUACUGGCUUUACUCCAGAGGAGUGUGUAAAACCAAAGUCAACCAUGAAAACGAAACUAGCAGGAAAAAUGAGGAAGUGAUGACCCACUCAGGAUUGUGGAGAACCUGCUGCCUGGAAGGGACAUUUCGUGGGGUGUGUAAGAAGAUUGAUCACUUUCCCGAGGAUGCUGAUUAUAAACAGGACACAGCUGAGUAUUUACUGCGUGCACUCCGAGCCUCCAGUGUGUUUCCAAUCAUGAGUGUGGGUUUGUUGUUUAUGGGUGGAUUGUGUGUAGCAGCGAGCGAGUUUUACAGGAGUAAACACAAUGUCAUCCUCAGUGCUGGAAUCUUCUUUGUCUCUGCUGGUCUUAGUAACAUUAUUGGAAUAAUUGUCUACAUCUCAGCUAACUCAGGUGACCCGGGUCAGAGUGACUCAAAGAAGAGUUACUCGUACGGUUGGUCCUUUUAUUUUGGUGCUCUUUCCUUCAUCAUGGCUGAGACAGUGGGUGUGCUCGCAGUGCAUAUGUUUAUUGAAAAACAUCGCAAGCAGCAGCGUGCCAAAACACUCAUCAAAAAGUCCAGUCUAGGUUUUGGCCGCAUCCCUACUUACCGUUACCGUUUUGGGCGCCGCUCCAGCGAAACACCAUCACGUGAUGUCCCCAUGUUCACGCUGUCACGCGACUCUGACAAAACUGCCACAGGGAAGCUACUUGACUCUGACAGAGACUUCCUGCACAACUCAAAUGCUAAAGAUGCAGCCAAUCGGAGAACAACACCAGUGUGACUUGGAUGGAUGGAGAAAAUACAAAGGACCCAGGAAGUAGCGUUAAGACACACACAACUCCGCAGAAGGAUAGAAAACAAUCAGGAGGAGCAAAGUAUACAGGAAGUGACAUCAAAACGACUUUACAAGCCUUCUCUCCUAGUAUUAAACCUUUUACCUAGAAUAAUAUAAAACCCAAGCUAGUGAUUGUUAGGUCUUUUCAUUUUGUUGACUGUUGAAGGGGAGAAUACACACUGAAAGAGACAGAAAGUGACAACUUGGCCAUAGUUCGAAUUUAAACACAAUGGAUAAUAUAAUUAUAUUUCAGAUUACGUUGCUAUCAAAACUAGGUAGUGAUUUUUAGUGCUUCCUUUUGUUUUCAGUCAAACUCAUUAAUUCAUCCUUGGAACAAGUUCACAGUCUUCUCUAGAGUUUUAUGGGUAAAUCUCGGCAUCCAAACAAACACAAAUUGACAAAGACAACCCGGGUGCCCACAGAGACCUCACAUAAACCUCUCUCUCUCGCGUGCUCUCACUCUCUUUCUCAUCUAAUACAAACAGGGUUUUUUUUUUAAAAAAAAAGAGAAUCUUGUUAUUGAAUGUCAUGUACAGUCCAUUUCAUGCACUGGUGUUAUGUUUCUCCAUUACUUUGAGUAUUAUUCCAAAUUAUAAUAACAACUGUAUAUGUAUUUAUUUAUUCUAUUGUAUUUGAGAACAGAUUAGCCCGUGUCUGCUGAGUGUAGGAUUUAAUAUUUAAUUUGUAGAGUGUAAAUGAAGUAGAAUAUAUUAGACACGUUCUCUCGGUCUCCAUGAAUCUAAAGUUUAGGAAGUUUAAAAAUAAACAAAAAUUUAAUACAAAAAGAAAAAGUUCAACUCUAUGCUAGAGUCAUGCAGUAUUAUAUACGUACACCUAUAUAAAUGUGAUGUAAAUACAUGAAUAGAAUUAUAAUACAGUAUUUUAGUGGUUAUAUUAACAUCACACCUCAAGGGCUUUUUGAUUUAAAAAAAAAUUAAUUAAAAAUGACUUAUGUUUACAAGGGCUUCAAGAAGUUAAAUUCAGCAUAUAGAAAUGCCUGAGGAAAUAACUGAAUCACAUUUAAAUAGCAAAUAUGGCACAUUUACAUAUUCGUGUAAUAAAAUGGCCAGAUGAAAUACUGCUGAAAACAUAGUAAUGCAAUUUACUGCCUUUUACUUUAAUCUUUUGGUGGAUAAAAGGUAAAUACAAACUUAAAUAUAAGCCAUGCAGAUAUACAGUAUAUUUAAUUAUGUAUAAAAAAAAAAAUACAUUGUUUGGCCAUUUUCUGUCUUGUCACAUCUGAAUCUUUCAUGCUUUAUAUGUCUUAAGGUUGUGGGUCUCAAAUGAGAAGUAGUGUUAUACUACACUAUUAGCCAUUCUAAGCAAACCUGUGUAUGAGGGAAUGCUUUUUUUUUACCAACAAUGCAUAGAAAACACAUCUAAAACUACAUUCAUCAAGCCUACAUUUUUUGUGUAAUUAAAGUAGGAUCUAAAUCUUAUGAGUGAGGGAUUGAAUUCAUUUUGAACCACACAAAGCCAAAGGAUGCAAAAACAUGCAAGGAUUAUAAUCAUUCAGAUUUGUCCACUUCACAGCAUCUCAGAUAAUUUACAUAGAAUUGAAAACAGUCGCUUGUCACUGAAAUCUCUGAAAACCUCAUGCGGUGCUCACAUUUCGCCUGUCGCUUUGUCACUUUCUAGUGUGAAUGCAGGGUAAUGAAUAUUAUUAUGUGGCAAGUUGUUUCGGAAAUAUUUUAACAUUCAGAUGAGUGAAAUGAAAAGUUUGCUAUGAUAUCUGUAAUGUAGAGCUGAAGGCCAUAUACUGUAUGUUAAACAAACCUAUAGGUGCCCUGAAGCGCUAUCUCAGAUGCUAAUCUUUAAUUAGCUAGCUACUACAGUAUAAAAACAUUAAAAGUGUUCACUUUUUGUGUAGUAGUGUAUGUGUACACCAUCUAAAUUCAUACAUACAUUUUGCUUUAUCCACAGUUUUAUCCCUUACUGGGGAUUUCUCCCUUCGGUACUGUUAAGUAAUCUGAUAAUCAAAAUCUUUGGGUAUACAACAAUUAUAUAACAAACAAAUAUACAACAAAUAUACAACAAUUUCUAAAGCUUGCCAUGACUAUUUGGGUUAUUGUUGUGCACUGUUAUACACUGAUAAUAUGAUUUUAUUUGUGUUCUUAAAGUCGUGCUGUUCUAUAUGUAACCUAAUGAGUGUGUAAGAAGUGUUUAAACUUUCUGUAGUGUGCACUUCUUAGCAAAAAAAAAUGUUAUUUUGACCUGAACAAAGCAGGUUAAAACAUCUCUUUCUUCCUCAUGUCUAAACCAAUAACAGGACUGUUAUCACUCAUGUAAGCCUCACCUUCAUUCCCCUGGUUCAACCAUUCAGGAGUUUGUGCAAUGCAUGUGACCCUUUCAAUGAAAUUUCAGUUUCAGUUUCAACAUUCUGUAGAAAAAGCACACUUUUUGAAUACUGUAGUUGAAAUAAAAUUAUUAUAG